AUGUCUACUCCGCAGCCAGAAACGAAGGCCGAGGCCGAAUCACUCGUGCCUCGAUUCAAGCUCGAGAGGGUCCUCAAUCAAGACCAAAAUGGCCGACGGAUCUCCCUGCUGGGCAGCAUCGCUGAUAUGCCCGCACUUAUCACGCUUGAACGGGCCGCAUUUCCAACGGAGCCGGAGCUCGUGUCGCUGCUUCUGAAAUCUCUCAUCAAUACCACCAAUCUUGGCGCCAACGACAUCUACAGAUGGUACCUGGCGAAUCGAUCUACUGAAUCGUCUUCAUCGGCUACUGGCGUUUUAUCUGCGUCAUCUGCGACAUCUUCACUCUCGAUCAUCCCAGACUUUAAACUCAACCUGAUCUACCCAUGCUCAGCUCAACAUAUCCGAAAAUACUCCGCCCAGCGCGUGCGUAUGGUCACGGAAACACCGCACAUCUACUCUACGCAUAUAAAACCAUACAUAACGGGCCAACGCGCAGCCGGCCGGCUCGACUGGGUCUUCAACAUCCUCGAAGGCCGCACGGAGCAAGAAGAUGUGAUUGCGCGAGUCGAUUGGGAUUCUCCUUCCAACACGGGCUUUCUACUCUUACCGGAUUUGAACUGGGACAGGAAAACCGUUGAGGGAAUGCACUUACUUGCUCUCGUGCAGAGGAGGGAUAUUUGGUCCCUGAGGGAUUUAAAGAAGAAGCACAUCCCCUGGCUCAAGGCCAUGCGCGAACAAAUCGUCGCCGCCGCCACCGCAAAAGUCUUCCCUCCUGGCCAGGUCGAGGCCGAUGAGGUCAAAUGCUACCUUCACUACCAACCUACGUACUAUCACCUGCAUGUCCACGUGGUGCAUGCCAUGUUAGAGGCAGGCACGACGCAGAGCGUAGGCAAGGCAUUCGGACUGGGAAAUGUAAUUGCACAGUUGGAAGGCAUGCAAGGUGACGAGGAGGCAGGCAUGCACGAGGUGGAUUUGCAUUAUUUCCUAGGUGAGGAGAAUGACUUGUGGAAGAAGUGUUUCGGUCAGUUGAAGAAGGGGGGUGCAGUGGACUUGAAUCUUUGA